CGUACCUGGUUUUAGAGGUACCAAUGAAUCUUUAUUUGCUUCCCUCUAGAAUUUCCUAUGAUCCCACGAGAUACCCUAAAUACAUUCCCGAAGCCUACUGCCUGUGCAAAGGCUGCCUGAUGGGGAUCUUUGGCGAGGAGAGCUUGCACUUUCGCAGCACCCCGGUGUUCAUGCCCACGGUCAUCCUGCGCCGCACACCCGCCUGUGCCGGAGGCCGCUACGUCUACACCGAGGAUUACAUCACCAUCCCUGUGGGCUGCACCUGCGUCCCUGAGCAGGAAAAGGAGGCAGAGAGCGUCAAUUCCAGCAUAGAUAAGCAAGAAGUGAAGCUGCUGGUGGGCCAGAACAAGCCCUCAUCAGAAUGAAGAAUGUACAAAAAGUCAUGUUUCAGUACUGGCCUCACAUCAUCAUCUCACCACCUCAGGAAACUGCACCAGAGCAGCAAACAGACUCACUUGCCCUCUUUUUCUGCUUACAGUUAUUUCAGAUAGAAGAUGGAAAG